CAGCACCGGUUUGGAUGGUUUCGUUGAAACUUUCUAUUGUGCGUGCCGGGCGUGGUUCGAUGAAUUUGUUGGAGUAGUUUGUUUUGGUAAUGUGAAAAUGGCGCACGGAGGGGGGUUGCUAACGCGGGGAGGGAAAGGGUUAAUACAAACCCCCACACCCACACCAUUAACGUUUCACUCGAGAGGAGGGUCACUGCUUCUGAAAAGCAAGCUGUUCUCUUUAAAUAAAGGUUGGCUGGGAGCGCUGAAAAUAAAAAGUAGAAGUACAAAAAGUUUUCGGUUGCCGUCUGAGAACUGAGCCUUAUUAGCCAAAACGAAGAGAUCUCAGCACUUUUAAAUAUAUUCGUUUACUUUUAGGUUGUUUUAAAUUUUAUAUCUGAACAUGGUUCUGUUCCGGCGUAGUCUAAUUAGAAGCCUGGUACAGGGCCAACUGAGCCUCUGUGCACCGCUUUCUGGGAAUGAGAGCUCUGUUCCGGCGUGGUGUUCAGCAAGGAGCCGCCACCGAAUCAACAGACUCGGGUGCUACACCACAUCAGUGAUUGCAGGGGUGUCCGAGCGCACCCUGAUUGCGGUCAAGCCGGACGGUGUCCAGCGGAGACUCGUCGGUCAGAUUGUCCAGCGAUUUGAGCAAAGGGGCUUCAAACUGGUCGGCAUAAAGCUACUGCAGGCUCAGGAGGACAUCCUGUCCCAGCACUACCAUGACUUGCACAAGAAACCCUUCUACCCCAACCUGCUUCGCUACAUGAGCUCGGGGCCUGUGGUCGCCAUGGUGUGGGAAGGGCACAAUGUGGUUCGUACAUCUCGUCUGAUGGUGGGAAAUACAAACCCAGCUGAGGCAUACCCGGGCACCAUCCGAGGAGACUACAGUGUGCACAUCAGCAGGAAUGUGAUCCACGCCAGUGACUCUGUGGAGGGAGCCCAGCGCGAGAUUCAGCUGUGGUUCGACCGUCGGGAGCUGGUGGACUGGGACUGUUGUGACCACAGCAGCUCUUACCAAGCAUGAAGAGGGCGGCAGUGGGGUGGUGUGCACACACUCUGACUGCAGCCGGGGUUGGGGAGAGGCACAGCAGCAGGGUAACUUAACAACUACCUCAAUUUUAACAAGUGGCAAACCGUUCUCCUCUCCUAACUGAAAAGGCCUCCUAUCCAACACCUGAUCACACACAACUUUCCCAAAGGCUCGCCCCAAUGACAUUUCCAGGGUAACUGCAAGGAAACCCUGGAAUUGGACCUGCUACAAGAGAACUCAAAUGGUACAGCACAAGGAUUCUGCAACACAACACUUUACUGCGUACAGAUUUACACCUAAAAUAACCAUAUGCAGCAUUUCAUUUUGCACUGUUUGUUUUGGGGUGAAGCAACUGCUUGUAGCUGCUGCAGGUACUUCGGUUAGUAUCGAACAUGCUGGCAUGAGUUCAAUCAAAGUUUAUGGUUUUGCUAUAGCUAAUAGUUAUGGUGGGAACAGCAUAUUUUUUAAACCCGGGCUUGUUAGCUAAGAUGCAGGUUAGUACUGUUUGCUGUAUUUGCAUCUAGGAGGCUGGCACGCUGGGUAACCUGCUGCUGUUAUACUGUGCCUUUUCUGGGUUGGGGGGGGGGGGGGUGUUUUGAAAGGUGGGUCGGAGCUUUACUUCAAGGUUUUUCUAAAAUGCUUCAAUAUUUGGCAGGUGGGGUGUGGGUCAUCCAUGUCUAGUACAGUUUUAAUUGUUCAUGAAAUGUUUGAAUCCUAUACAGUGUGUGCACAAUUAAAGGAUUUUCUGAAGUCUUGAUUAACUGGGAUGAGUUGCCUCAUUUUUUAAAAUUGCAAUAGCUGUGGGACCUGACAAGUCCAGAAUAACGCCUGAUCCUUGUUUGAUACAAUGCAGUGAAAGUAUAGCUUCUCCAUUUGUAUGGGUUCCAUAAACUAGAUUAAUUUAGACUUUUCUGAACAUACCAUUAUUAUCACACCAGCACAUUUAUUCUGUGUUUUAAAGAUGGUUCUCUGUUUUGCACUGAACAGGAAAGCCAGUUUUUAUGCUUGCUACUGUAGUACUGGUCAGCAGCAAACCUUUGUGACAAAACUGAGGCAUUGUACAGUAGAGUCAGAGUGUGGCAAUAAAACGGCAAUUGUUUCAAGUGCUGUUGAGCAACACCAACUUCACUUUUGAGUUUAUCACGUUAACUUUUGUAGUUCAACUUUCAAAAGUGUAUUGCUAAAGGCUUGAUGGCAAGUAAGAUUCAAAUGGACAUGGUGGAAUGUACACACUAAAAUCAACUCUAACCAACAAAUGGCAUUAGUUUUUGUGAAGACACCAUCAUGCCUUAUAGCUGCUUGAUGUAUGGGUUAACUAAAGGUGUAUAAUUUUCAAUGAACAUGUAUAUUGAAAAUGGAGUAUAAUUGUAAUUGGUUGUACUAAUAGUCUCCCAGUUGUAUAAGAGUUACCAAUAUGGGUGUUUUAAAAUAAUGAAACCAUUAAAAGUUUGUUUUAAAUGA